GGCCUGCCCACUGGAAGGAGGUUUUUCCUGUCGCUAAUGGAGACCGUCAGUCACCCAUUGACAUCAAAACUGAGGAAACCAAGUAUGAUCCCUCUCUCCGUCCUCUAAAUCCCAAUUACGAUCCGGCUUCUGCUAAAAUCAUCCUUAACAACGGGCACUCCACCAGUGUUGAGUUUGAUGACACCGUGAACAAAUCAGUGCUGACCGGGGGGCCGCUCAGCGGGACCUACAGGCUGCGCCAGAUUCACUUCCAUUGGGGGUCCAAUGACGAAGCCGGCUCCGAGCACGCGGUGGAUGGGAUGAAGUACGCGGCAGAGCUUCACGUGGUCCACUGGAACUCAGAAAAGUAUUCCAGUUUUGUUGAGGCAGCUCGUCAGUCAGAUGGAUUAGCAGUCAUGGCUGUAUUUCUGAAGAAUGGUGAAUGCAACCCUCAGCUGAAGAAGAUUACUGACCGCUUGGACACCAUCAAUCAAGGUGAACAAAUGCUUCUAAAAGAAUACUAA